AUGGCCUUUCAGAUGCCCAACUUUCUCGCCCGACUCUUCCGACCCCUCUCCACCACCAGCAGAAUGUCCAUUACCGGCGACGCGACCAACGGUAUCGGCGGCGGCGGCGGCGGCCUCACCUCCCUGCCCGAGGGCGCCGAGAAGGCGACCGUGGCCGCUGGCUGCUUCUGGGGCGUUGAGCACCUCUACCGCAAGCACUUUGGCGGCAAGGGCCUGUACGAUGCGCGCGUCGGCUACAUUGGCGGCGACGUGAAUAACCCGACCUACCGCGCCGUAUGCCGAGGCGACACUGGACACGCCGAAGCCACCCAAAUCAUCUACGACCCAACCAAGAUCACCUACCAGCAGCUCCUCGAGUUCUUUUACCGCAUGCACGACCCGACCACGGCCAACAGCCAGGGGCCCGACGUGGGCUCGCAGUACCGGUCGGGCAUAUUCACCCACGGCCCGGAGCAGGAGCGCGUCGCCCGCGAGGUCACGGCCGCCGUCAACGACCAGUGGUGGAAGGGCCGCGUCGUCACAGAGGUCCUGCCCGCCGGCCGCUGGUGGGACGCCGAGGACUACCACCAGGAGUACCUGCACAAGAACCCCAGCGGCUACGAGUGCCCCAGUCACUUUCUCCGGUCCUUUCCUGACCUCAAGUGA